UUGCUACUUCUAUCAGCUGAGAGUGGAGAGAGAGAGAGAGACAGAGCUGAGAAAUGGCAGCCUCAGUUAUGUCAUCUUUGUCUUUGAAGCCUUCUCCUUUCCUUGAGAAAUCCUCAGCCGUUAAAGGCAUCCCUUCUCUUGCGAGGCCCACCUCUUCCUUCAAAGUCCAGGCCAGUGGGGUCAAGAAGAUCAAGACCGACAGACCUUAUGGAACCGGCGGCGGUAUGAGCCUCAGGAACGGUUUGGAUGCAUCAGGAAGGAAGCCUAAGGGAAAGGGUGUAUACCAAUUCACCGAUAAAUACGGUGCCAAUGUGGAUGGAUACAGUCCGAUUUACAGUCCUGAUGAAUGGUCGCCAACUGGUGAUGUCUAUGUUGGAGGGACCACAGGGCUGCUGAUAUGGGCUGUAACCCUUGGAGCUCUUCUACUAGGAGGUGCACUCCUUGUCUACAACACCAGUGCUUUGUCUCAGUAGAAAAGUUUUUUUUUUAAAGGACAAAAAAUGUAAUUCUUAUCAUCUAUUGCUUUGGAAUACUGUCUAAAGCUCUUUUGGGUUUUCUCCAAAUUCAAGAAUCUCUCUUUCUGAUACUCUCUAUAAUCUUUAUAAUAUCUUGAAACUAUUAUGUGGAU